CACAGUUGUUGACAAAUUAUAGCAAUGGACAGUUCCGUUUUGCGUAGAAUAGAUUAACGUUAACAGAAAUUUAUUUUACAUAUUCACGUAUAUUUCCUUAUCAUUCAAAUACUGGCGUGAUUUUACGAUUCUUUGGAUCAAAGAUAUUAUAAAUAACGUAGUUUAUAGCAUUUACACCUAACACUUACACUUUGCAAGUUUAGAAUUUUGGAUUGUUGUAAUCUAAGUUGUUUGUCAACCUACUAUAACACUAAUUGACAGUCGGUAGCUUCGUUUUUAGGUUAGGUAAAUGGAUAUCUACAAAACUGUACUUAAAAGCGAAAAUAUUUGUAGUUAUAUUCUAAUGAUCAUUCAAUCAUAUUAACUUUUGUGUCAUUAACGAAUAUUACAUGAAAUUAAACUCACAAAAUGCCAACUUGGAAUCAAAUUCAAUCUCAACUUCGAAACCCAAACAAUCCGGUUGUAUUUUUUGAUAUAACUGUUGGAACUACGGAAAUAGGACGCAUGAUUUUUGAAUUGUUUGCGGAUGUAGUGCCCAAAACAAGCGAAAACUUUAGAGAAUUCUGUACAGGAGAGUACAGAAGAGAUGGUGUGCCACUUGGUUAUAAAGGGGCUACAUUCCACAGAGUCAUAAAAGACUUUAUGAUUCAAGGUGGUGACUUUGUCAAUGGUGAUGGUACUGGUGUUAUGAGCAUUUAUGGAGGGAGCACAUUUGCAGAUGAAAACUUUGUAUUAAAACAUGAUUCCCCAGGAUUACUGUCAAUGGCUAAUAGUGGUAAAGAUACUAAUGGCUGCCAGUUUUUCAUAACAUGUGCUAAGUGUAACUUUUUAGAUAAUAAGCAUGUAGUGUUCGGGAGAGUUAUAGACGGACUACUUGUUAUGAGGAAAAUAGAAAAUGUCCCUACUGGACCUAACAAUAAACCAAAAAUACCAGUAACAAUAUCACAGUGUGGACAAAUGUGAAUAAAAAUUAUUUUUAAAUAAAAAA